AUGAACCCAUUUGCCUCUAGUGCAGCUCUCGACAUGCAAGGCCAAUUCUCUACCCAAGAUACCCAUAUGUACUCCGUUAUACUUCCAACAUAUAAUGAAAGGAAGAAUUUACCCAUAAUUGUGUGGCUGCUAGCGAAGAUGUUUGCAGACAAUCAGCUUGCAUGGGAAAUUAUCGUCGUAGACGAUGCCAGUCCGGAUGGUACACAGGAAAUUGCGAGGCAACUAGCUACAACAUACGGAGAAGAUAAAAUUAUUCUGAAACCUCGUGCAGGCAAAUUAGGUUUAGGGACAGCUUACAUUCACGGUCUCAACUUCGUUCGCGGUGAUUUCGUCAUCAUUAUGGACGCAGAUUUUUCGCAUCACCCUAAAUUCAUUCCACAAUUUAUACAACAACAGAAAGCACACAACUUCGACAUCGUGACUGGCACGCGAUACCGCUCAUCUGCGGCACCUUCGUUGGCCAAUGCCAAACCUGGCGGUGUGCAUGGGUGGGAUCUGAAGCGAAAAUUGGUCUCACGAGGGGCGAAUUUCCUUGCAGCCACGGUGCUGAAUCCUGGCGUUAGUGAUUUAACCGGGAGCUUCAGAUUAUAUAAACGCAGCGUGCUCCAGCAUAUCAUCUCAGUCACCCAAUCCAAAGGUUACGUCUUCCAGAUGGAGAUGAUGGUUCGUGCGAAGGCGUUGGGGUACACCGUUGGUGAGGUACCGAUCACAUUCGUGGAUAGGCUUUAUGGCGAGAGUAAGUUGGGAGCAGAUGAGAUCGUGAGUUAUGGAAAGGGCGUUUGGGGACUUUUUGUUGGAGUCUAA